AUGGUCACACCCCGCCCCUAUUCCCGCCAUUCCACCGGCCUGGCCCGGGGGAAUUCCCACCUACACUGGGACUGGGGCCCAGACCCACACCCCACCGAGGUCCACCUCGGGCCGCCCGGCCUGGGAGCUAGGCUGGGACUCCGUCGCGGAGACCCAAGUUGCCCCCUCGCCCCUCACCCCUCGCCGGCGGGGCAGGUUCCGGGAAGCCGGGAGGGGAAGGGAAGGAACUCCGGCUCGGACACCAAGAGGCGAGAGGCCCUGCGGGGAGUUCCCGGGGGUGCCCCACUGCAGCCCAGGGAGGGGCCCAGCCAGCCCGACCCCGCACAGGCCAGACACCGGCAACCGGGAGGAGGGAGGACGGCCCGCGCUUUGGCCAAAGCCCCCUCCCCGGCCGGCGCCCCGGGCUCCCGCUCAGCAGAGAAGGGGAAAGUGCUGGCCCGGGGACGAGGUCCCAGGACGCCCGCUGCCACCAACCCCCGGCCCAGGGUACCUUCCGCUCGGCCGCCUCCAGCUGCGCGGCCGGUGCCGGAGGCUGAGAUUGACCCGAGGGGCCCGCCCCGCCCUCCUUCGGCGCGGCGGCAGGGAGGGGAGGAGAGGGGCGGGCCCGCGGGGAGGGCCGCCCGGGGGCGGGCCUUGGCUCCGCCCGCCCACCGCCCCAGCCCGGGGCUGCCGCGGGUUGUUCCCGCCGCCGGCCGUGGAACCUGCGGGGCUGACCCCUGGGGUCAGCAGAGAUGCCUGAACUGUGGAGGAUGGGCGGCGAGGCGAGGGGGGGAGCGGGGGCGACCCCCGAGGACUGUGCCUCUGCCCCGCCUUCCAGCCCCAAGGGGCGGACCGGCGUCGGGAAAGUUGAGAGGCGCUCGGGGUGGGGUCAGGAGAGGGCCGCUGCUGCCCUCCGGUGGCCAACCGGCCACCCGCGCCUACAACACCUGGGACUUCGCGGGAGGCGGGAUUGGGAAAGGGCGGCCUCCGGGACGCCCGGGGAGGGGCCUGCGGAACAUGCCCACCCUCUGCUCCUAG